AUGGGACUACUAGCUGUCGGAACACCGCUAGACUGGCCUGAGGCGAAGAAGGUGGCCGGCCAUGUGCGGGAGUGGGGUAUCGAGCAACUAUUGGCUAUCUGGAAGCGAGCCAAAGGCAAGGAGAGAGAUGCUCUACUCUGGGGAGACGAGAUCGAAUACCUCGUCGUUGCCUUCGAUGAUGAGAAGAAGCAAGUCAAGUUGUCGCUGCGUCAGGCCGAUAUCCUCGAAGCACUGGCAAGCGACCCUGAGCUAUUGAAGCAGGGUGGUGGCGUGCCCGAUCUUGCCAGAGGCCAUACCAAUGCAAAGAGACCCGCGCCGACUUUUCACCCAGAAUUCGGUCGAUUCAUGCUCGAAGCCACACCCGGCGCACCAUGGGGCAUCGGCUUCAAGGAUUUGCUCGCUGUCGAGCAGGACAUGAAAUGGAGACGAAAGAUUGCAAAGGAGCACAUGCAUGACCAUGAGUUCCCAAUCACACUCACCACCUUUCCACUCCUUGGAGACAGGAAAUCCAUCACACCAUACUACCCGCCAUCUGGGCCUAGACUGCGAUCACAGUUUGUUCCUGACGAGAUUGCGAAUCCGCAUAUCCGCUUUCCAACCUUGGCAGCGAACAUACGGUGGCGGCGAGGACGUAAGGUGGAAGUGAAUGUGCCUGUCUACCACGAUGAGAACACAGCGAUGCCGUGGAAAGACCCGACCGUCGACUACGAUCUCCACAACUGGCCAGAGGACGAUGAUGUACGAAAUGGUGCUGCCAAGGACGACUACAUCCACAUGGAUGCCAUGGCAUUCGGCAUGGGAUCUUGCUGUCUGCAAAUCACCUUCCAGGCGACUAACAUUGCCGAAGGACGCAAGAUGUAUGACCAGUUGUCGCCUUUGGGUCCAAUCCUUCUUGCAUUGACAGCUGCGACGCCCAUCUACAAAGGCUGCCUGGCAGACACGGACGUUCGAUGGAAUCAGAUAAGUGCUGCCGUCGACGACCGAACCCCAGAAGAGCUCGGUGAGAAGCCUUUGAUGCACGACCGGUGGCGAAUACCAAAGUCACGAUAUGCUUGCAACAGCACCUAUAUCUCCCAGGAUCCGCGCUUACGCCCCGAAUAUCUCGAUCCGGAUCUGGUCGUGGAUGAGGACUUGAAGGCUCGUCUGGUCGAGGGCGGUAUGGACGAUCUUUUGGCCACACACUUUGCACACCUCUUCAUCCGGGAUCCUAUCGUCGUCUUCGCGGAAGACCUCAAGACGCUCGAUCUGAACAGCACCGACAACUUCGAAAAUCUGCAAAGCACAAAUUGGCAGCACAUGCGAUUCAAACCACCGCCUCCUGGCAAUGACAUCGGCUGGCGAGUCGAAGUCCGGCCAAUGGAGAUCCAAAUUACAGACUUUGAGAAUGCAGCAUUCUCGGUAUUCGUGGUCUUGAUCACCAGAGCAAUUCUCAGCUUCGACCUGAACUUCUACGUGCCCAUCCCGCGAACAACGGAAAAUAUGGAGACCGCGCACAGGCGGGAUGCGGUGUUGAAUGAUAAGUUCUACUUUCGGCGAGACGUACUACCCAGGCGGCAGACUAAGACCAAUGGCAUUGCCUCUUCAGCUCCCGGCACACCUCAGCAUAGUAGACCCCAUACGCCUGGCCCCAUUGAAGACGAGUACGAACUCAUGACGGUGGACGAGAUCAUCAACGGCAAAGCUGAUGGCAGUUUCCCGGGGCUAGUGCCUCUCGUUGAGUCAUAUCUCGACAGUAUCAACGUGGACGUCGAGACUCGAUGCGAGCUGGCGCGGUACCUUGCGUUGAUACGAGGACGUGCCAACGGCUCUCUUUGGACCGCCUCGAAAUGGAUCCGGCACUUCGUCAGGGAGCAUCCACAAUACCAAAAGGACAGCGUCGUGUCUGAUGAAAUCGCUUAUGAUCUGGUCAAGGCAGCCGAGCGCAUCACUGUCAAUGAAGGCAGGGAUGGAUACGCAAAAGACAUGCUGGGUCAGUGUCGGGAGAGAACCUGA